CAGCCUGCUCCCGGCGACUGCCUCCCUCUCCGGCACAGGCUCCCGUCCGGCCCGAGAAUGGCGGCCCCUCGCUGGCACUCGCCCUGGACGGUGCUGGUCCUGCUGGCCCUCCUGGCCGUCCUGCCCACUCCCGCCCAGAGCAGUGUGCCCCUGCAGCCCAACUUCAAACAGCAGAAGUUCCUGGGGACCUGGUUCACUGUGGGCCUGGCCUCCAACUCCACCUGGUUCCUGGAGAAGAAGGAGAAGAUGACCAUGUGCAAGUCAAUCGUGGUGGAGACCGAGGACAACGCCCUCAACAUGACCAUCACCUACUUCAGGAGGACGCAGUGCCACACGUGGAGCUUUCUGCUGCAGCGAGACGGGCCUCCGGGUCGCUACCGACACACCAGCCCCCGCUGGAGCGGCACCCGGGAGGUGUCUGUGGUGGAGACGGACUACGAGCGCUACGCCCUGCUCUACACCCAGGGCUCCGGCAGCGAGGGCAGGGACUUCCUCAUGGCCACCCUCUACACUCGCGCAGAGAGCCCGGCCUCGGAGGCGCUGAGGAAGAAGUUCACCGCUUUCACCAGGGCCCAGGGGCUGACAGACCAGUCCAUUGUGUUCCUGCUCAAGGCCGAUCAAUGCAUCAAUGACCAUCGAUAGCCAGGAGACCCAGCCUCGGGACCGGCCGUCUUGCCUCUGCCAGCACCCUGAGCUCCAGCGACUCCGGCCACGCAGCCUCUGCCCCAGCUUCACCCCGCUCUCUGCACCCCAAUAAAGUCCGGAAGCAAUCAG